CUGACGUUGCACGGCUCCCACGAACAGCACACGACAGCACCGACGCGAACCCCCAUAUCCCCGACGACCGCAUCCUCCCAACACCUGCAUCUCACCGCGACGCAUGACUGCGUGAGCGACCCGUCCAUCGCUGCUGCUGCUGCUGCUGUUGAUCCAUCUGGGGCUGUUACGCUGUUGUCGCGCCAAUGACGGCCGUCGCUCCCCCCGUCAAUUUCCAGAACAUCAAUCGCCAGGCAUGGAGCGCUGAAGGUGUGCCAAACGGUGGUGCCAUCUUCAUGCCCCGGAAAAGUGCCCAGCGGACAAAUUCAAGCUCCUCGCUAUCGUCACAGGCCUCGGGCACAUCUACCAUAUCGGCAUCCUCAUCACAAGCCAACGGCGCAGCGCCCUCGAACGGCGUCGAGGCAUCGGCGUGGGCCGCCCGCAAAGCAAAGGCGCCAAAGGGGCUAUGGCCUGCAUCCAAGACUGAACCCAUUGCCGGAAUCACUACAGCUCGUCCACAGCCCGUUGCGGCUACAGGGCCCGGCUCUUCAGCAGCCUCCGCCAUGAGCGCCCUACAAGCGCCAUCUGCCAUGGUUCCCUCCCAACACAACGGCGCUGUCCAGGUGCAGCAACAGAAUGGCGUGCCGCGAGCACAAGGCCAGGAGAGCACAGCUGUGCUGCAUCUCGUCCCUAUGAAUGGCACAUUCGAGCGCAAGACCAUCACCGUCCCCUUCUUCCCCGACGUCCUCCGCAUUGGCCGACAAACCAAUAACAAGACAAUACCCACACCGCUAAACGGUUACUUCGAUUCCAAGGUACUAUCAAGACAGCAUGCUGAGGUGUGGGCGGACCGAAAUGGCAAGAUUUGGAUCCGAGAUGUCAAGUCAUCCAACGGCACGUUUGUCAAUGGAGCUCGGCUGUCGCAGGAGAACCGCGACUCUGACCCACACGAGCUGCGGGAGCAGGACAUGCUGGAGCUCGGUAUCGACAUUGUCAGCGAAGACCAGAAGACAAUAGUACAUCACAAGGUCGCUGCACGCGUCGAACACGCUGGCAUAUACGCCAGGACAAGCAGCGAGAUGAUCGAUCUCAAUUUCGGCGAGCUGGAAGGUCCCCACCUUUCCAACAUGAUGGGUCCAGGUGGUCAACAGCAAAUGGCGAAUAUGCGUGGUCGCACACCUAGUCAAGGUUCGAUGAACGGACAGCGUCUGCAAGGCCCUGGCGCGGUUGCAAAUUACCCCAAUGGCUUACCCCAACCGCGACACCCCAACUUCUGGUUACAACCUAUCACCAUGGAGCAAGUGGUGAAGAAGCUGAACACCGAGAUUAAGGCUGCCAAGCAACAGUCGCAGGAGCUUCAGCAAACGCAUCAGUACAUCAAUGCCAUACUAUCUGCAGACCCCAAGAAGGAGCCAACAAAGACGUCGCCCGUCAAUCAAAUUAGGAUAUCCCCAAUCAAGGAUAUCAGCCUGAAAGCCAGGUUCUCAGACCCUCCUGCACCGCCGCCUCAACAACCGUUGCCUGAGAAGCCAGACGCCGCAUCGUCCCUUAGGAGGUCAGAUACGGAGCGUCCGAAGACAGCAUCGCCAGUGCGGUCAGAUGCACAGAUGUCUACUCUCAACGAAGCCUUGACCAGUGCGAAGAAGGAGCUAGAGUCGCAGAGCAUUCGGCUGCGCGACCUGGAAGUACUGCUGAACGAAGAGCGACGCGCAAGAGAAGAUGCCGAGGAACGAGCCAACCGCCUCGAGCGCGAGUCGAUCCAAGAACGAGAGGAGCAAGACCGAGUGCUCGCCAAUGGAGACAUUCACAAAAACGAAGUUGUGGAACCCGAAGACGAGAAGACAACCGGAUUGGAGAAUGGGUCCACGUCUCCUGGUGCCGCUGACACCACCACAGCUCGCUUGCAACAACGGCUGGAGCUGAUGGUAUCAGAGAUGAACGAAAUGAAGCAGCAGAUGGAACGGUACCGUGAACGAGCCGAGACCGCAGAAGCUGACCGUAAGAGUUUGACUGAGAUGAUUGAGACCAUCAGAGAAGAUAACGCCAGGACGGCAAGCAGGGAGGCCAGACGACGGAGCGGAAGCGACAGCCAGUUGGCAAGAGAAGGAGCAGGCGCGAGCGCCAAUGCACCAGAGAACAAUGAUGACGCGGAAGAGGGCGAGAUCACUAUCAUUCGAGAGAAGGACGUCGAUGGCGAUGGCUUAGACGUAAUGCCCCAGAGAGCUAGCGCCCAGAACGGGCAUGUGGUGGAGCAGAAUGGCACCAAGCAGUCUGUAAAUGCCGCGAACCACCUGGUCACCCGUCGUCCCGAUCGCGACCUAAUGUACCAUGGAGGGCCCGUUGGUGCCAUUGUAACUGUCGUCGCAAUAGGCGUGGCUGUCAUGGCUAUGCUCAACCAGUAUCCCAAGGCCGAACGGUGAGGAUGCAAGUGGCACACGAAUUCUACCACCAUCGGGCCACAUCCGCACUCCUGGGGAGGCAGAUCCGGCGUGAGGGGAAGGCUUGUGAGGGAGCCUGGAAGCUAUUGUCGCUUGACCGUUGUUGACGUUGGGGAGGGGAGCACGACUUUGUCUCUCUAUAACCAUCCUCGGUAGACUUCCUGGAGAUGUAAGAGAAGCGACAG